AUGGACUUCGACUCACUUUCCAAUGCGAGCUCCCGGCUGAGCUCGCCGGCCUCUCGCUCGCCCACUCCUCCUUCCGACUUCUAUCUCACACCGCCACCGUCGCAGCAGUGCUCCAACAAGAGCACCCCUCUUCCGGAAAGCAUGGCGUGCAGCGACGAUGACAACCCUCGGCCGGCGAAAAGGCGCAAAUUGACUCGAGCGAAAAGCGAAUCCCAGACCGAUUCCAAGUCGCGACCGACAGACUAUCUUGACCUCACGUCAGACAAGCUUGACGGUGACGAAGAAGUCCAAUUACGUCGAUUAAUCAAGGCCUUGCACAACAAGCGCAAGAUCGUAGUAGUCGCUGGCGCUGGCAUCUCUGUGUCUGCUGGAAUACCCGACUUUCGCUCUUCCAAAGGUCUCUUCAGAUCGCUUAAGGCGCAGCAUAACCUGAAAUCUUCUGGAAAAGACCUGUUCGACGCGUCCGUCUAUCGGGAUGGCACCUCCACUUCAGUGUUCCACGACAUGGUCCGAGAGCUCUCUCAUGCGACAAAGUCCGCAAAGCCCACCGCUUUCCACCACCUGCUCGCGACGCUGGCGAAAGAAGGGCGAUUGCUGCGGCUGUACUCCCAGAACGUUGACGGACUAGAUACCUGCCUUCCUCCUCUAGCGACUGAGGUCCCUCUGAAGGGAAAAGCGCCAUGGCCAAAGACGAUCCAGCUUCAUGGCGGUCUUGACAACAUGGUGUGCUCAAAAUGUAAUGAUGUUCAACCCUUCCAGGCCGCGUUAUUUGACGGAGAGGUACCGCCCUUGUGUGGAGUGUGUGAAGCGUUGGACGUGACACGGACAGUACAUGCUGGCAAGAGAAGUCAUGGCGUCGGGAAGCUUCGUCCACGUAUGGUCCUGUACAAUGAGCACAACCCGGACGACGAGGCUAUCGGCUCGGUGACGCGCGCAGAUCUGAAGACGUAUCCGGACGCAGUCAUCGUCGCUGGUACGACGCUCAAGGUGCCUGGCGUCCGGCGCAUUGUACGAGAAAUGUGCACGAUGGUACGGAACAGGCGGGAUGGUCUCACAGUAUGGGUCAACAACGACCCUGAGCCAUCCGGGAAAGACCUGGAUGAUUGCUGGGAUCUUGUGGUAACGGGCCCUUGCGACGAGGUAGCGCGGCACGCUGCGCUGCCUAAGUGGGACGAUGAAGAGGUGGCGAAUUUCAAGGUAGUUACCAACGAAGAGGUGCAAAAGGUGAAGGAAGAGACUGGCAUGGUCGAGGUGGCAGUGAUCUCGCCAAAGAAGAGGAAGACACCCUUCGAAUCUCUACCGACACCUAUCGCAAGUCCAAUCACGCCUGUUGCGAGCCCACAGUUGCUUCCUCAGCUGUCGAAGAAACCCGCUCAGAGCAAGCUGCCCGCCACACCGACCAAGUCGAGGAGGACCACUCCCGCCACCAAGGGCAAAUCAAUCGCCGAGGUUCUCGCUGCAUCAAGAAAGAACGCGAAAGCCGCUCCGAAGAAGGCACCAGCCAACACGACGAAGGGUGUUACUCUGAAGAGAGCUACAGCCGGCAAGCCCAACAAGAAAAUCACGUCAGCAUUCGGUGUCUCAAAAGCGGCUUCUACAAUCGCCAACGAGGCGGCGAAGAGCAAAGCAAAGCCUGCACCUCUGACGAGAGGGAGAAACGACAGUAUCCCAAUGGAUGUACCGCCGCAGCUCAGCAUUGUGACGUCUAUCGAGACACCGGAAUCGAUGAAGUCGGAGGGAGAAAGAGGGGGCACAAUCUCACCAACCGGUUACAUCCCCUCUAGUAUGAGGUCUCUUCUGCAUUGA